AAUGAAGCCUAUUUUUUACUUACCUUUUAAUUGACAUUAUUCAUUUAAGACAUUUCCAUGCCAUUUUAAUAAAUUACUGUGAAACAAAGAUUACUCAAGCAAUAUUACAGUAUUUUUUGUUUUUGAAUUUUUUUUUUAAAUACUGCUAUCACAUAAUCACACUUACCAAGUGUGUAAAAAUGGAAUAAAAUUAUGAACUGCAAAGUAAAUUAACAAGAACCUCCCCCAUAUUUUGGCAUUUGACUGAGGACAGCAUCUCUUUAUUAUACAAAAAUCUGAUGUGAGGAUGUGACAGUUUCAGGGGGAAGUCAUGAUGUUGAUUUAUGCUUAUGGUGAAGUGUGAUCACUUUCAGCUUACAAAACUAGGCAUGAACAUGUCAACUGGAAAAGGAGUGCCACCUCCGCUCUGCCAGGGCUUUCUGAAGAAACGGAAAGACAAAAUGAGGCUUCGGUGGGUGACAUACUGGUUCAGACUUUACAACACAACACUUUUUUUCUACACUAAAAAACAUGGGAGUGCUUUAGACCUCAGGGGACAAUAUUACAUAUAUGAGGUUCAGUCUGUGCGGGAGGUGAACAGAUCAGAGAACAAUCGCUAUCUAUUUGAGAUCACAAUGAAAAAUGGGAAGAAGAAAAUGCUGGCUGCAGAUACAGCUGAUGUCAGGCAGGAGUGGAUGGACCAGCUCUGGAAAGCCAUGCUGCUCAACGGGCCCGACAGAAGUGGAUCUGUCUCCAAUGGAUUAGGGAGUUGGUGCCAGAUAACAACCUUGAAACUCAGUCUAGCUGGUGUGAAGAAUCAAAUACUGAGACCGGCAGCACAUCAGUGGACAGCAGAUGUCUCUCCAUUGGUCAAGAAUCAUUCCAGUCCUUCACUGAUGCUAAUGAGACACAAGAAAGUCUGCAUACAGACAAUGAAAUGGAGCAAAGUACUGAGGAGUUUAUACUGACUGACUAUGAAUACGACGUUCUACCAUCUCGAAAACUUGCUGAAGAAGCUAUCUAUGACACUCCCCCGUCCACGUGGUCAACCAAUAAAGGCGAGCAUGAGGUGACUGAGAGCAUCUAUGAUGUCCCAAACUCCUUGAUUAGGAAACUGACUGAACAUACAAUUG